UGUUGGGGUGUGCGGCGGCGGGAGCGCGGCCGGGCCGCUCCGGGUCGUGAGCGGGACCCAGCUCAGGUGCGGUUCGGGGAGCCCUCGGUGCUCGCAGGGACCGGUUCCGCCUCCGCUGACACCCCUCGGGUGCCGUCCGGGUGUCUGUGAGCUCCCCGCUGCCCUCAAGGACCGGCCCGACUUGCUGAGCACCCGGUGCCUGCAGGGCCCGGCUCCAUCCCCGCUGAGCCCCCUGUGCCCGGCAUGGGGCUGCUGACCCAGCUCGUCCGCGGGCUGGUGCGCGGCGCCGACCGCAUGUCGCCCUUCACCAGCAAGCGCGGCCCCCGGAGCCACAACAAGGGCCGCGGUGCCAAGAAGCUGGGCGUGCUCACCCGCAACAAGAAGUUCCUCCUCGUCAAGGAGAUGGUGCCCGAGUUCGUCGUUCCCGACCUGACGGGCUUCAAGCUGCGGCCCUACGUGUCGUACCGCGCCCCCGAGGGCUCCGAGCCACCCGUGACCGCCAAGCAGCUCUUCGACGAGCUGGUGGCUCCGCGCAUCGAGAAGGACGUGAAGGACGGCACAUUCGACCCCAACAACCUGCAGAAGUACGGCUUCGAGCCCACGCAGGAGGGCAAGCUCUUCCAGCUCUUCCCCAAGAACUACGUGCGGUAGGGAGCGGGCAGUGACACCGCCGGCCAACACGGGACAGCUCUGUCACUGAACAUUAAAGCAAAUCCUUCCACUUUG